GUUGAUUGGAUAUGGAAUUCCUGNGAGAAAUCAACGGUCGUGCUGCUGAGGAUUUGUUUUUAGGAAUAUCCACUGAUAUUCGUUCGGAACAAGCCAUCAAACAGGCCAUGAAACAAAUCAACGAGUGGAAUGGUAACAAAGGUGUAGAUAUUCUAGUCAAUUCAGCUGGCGUAGGUUACAGUGCCAAAUUGAUCGACGGAGAUACGGAGUCUUGGAGAGAAAUGUGGGAAACCAAUGUAUUGGCACUAUCUAUUCUUACCAGAGAAGUUAUUCAAGACAUGAAAAGAAGAAAUGUCGAUGAUGGUAUAAUUAUUCACCUAAGUUCCAUGGCAGCUCAUCGUCCUAUUGCCUUGUCUUUCUAUUCCGCUACAAAAGCAGCAGUCAAGAUGUUGGGAGACUGUCUUCGUCAGGAACUGAGAGAAGCCCAUUCCAAUAUUCGAGUAGCUAUGGUUAGUCCUGGACAUGUUGAAACAGAAUUUUAUGUCCACGUGGGAGGUGAAGAGUUUGCCAAUAAUUUGUAUCGAUCGAUGAAGUGUUUGGAACCCAAAGAUAUUGCAGAUAGCAUUGUUUAUAUAUUAUCUUGUCCUAGUUUAGUGGAUAUUCAUGAUAUAUGGAUGAGACCUAGAGAUAUGAAAUUCUGAAUAUAUAUAUAUAUAUCUAUAUAUAUAUUGCUAGUAA